CGACGGAGUCCCGCUCGCAAUGGGAGCCCAAAGAGAUUGGCCUCGCCGCAUUCAAGCAUGAGGAAGGAACAACAACACAAGGAUUGUGUUGCUGCUUCGGGGCGAGCUGCGAUGGUUGUUGGGGCAAUCCCCGCGUCGCCGCAAAACCUGCGGAAACCAGCCCACCACUCCCCCCCUCCAACACUUGGGGUGCUGCAAUCGUGGCCAUAGCCGCUGGGGUGGUGGUGGCCCUUUUCAUGCGAUUGUCGUUCCAACUGGCGUCUUUGCCAUUGCGCUUCUGCCAUGGAGCUGUAUCAGCAGCCUCUGGAGCGUCGCAGUCGGCUUGCCCUUGUGCCUGCUGUUGCUGUUGUCACCACCACCUUGAGUGGGCAGUUACGCAUAACCUGUGCCGAUCCUAAUUACAACAUCGCAACUAGAACGAACAAGAGGGAAAAUCGUGUAUUCCCCAUCUUCUCUGCGGAGCUUGACGGAGGAUAUUCAAAAUUCCAAUCGUCUGGUCAAUUACCAGGUUCCAAGUGUUUUAUGGGGAGACUCCUUGAGAAGGCUCUUUUAGUAUUUGUGAAGUCUAAGUUGGAUGAUUGCGGGGACUUAAGCGUAGCCGUGGGCGGUAGCAAUUGGGAUAUAUUGGGAGGCAAUGUGAAGAGAAUUGAAGUUUCUGUCAAACAAGCAAUUUACAAGGGUGUUGUUCUUAGCGAGGUGGGUUUAACAGCAUCAAAUGUACGAGCGGAACUUGGAAGGAAUAGGUUGUUUCAUCAACCGUUUAAUGUGAAUGCGAAAAUUCUGAUUCGGGAGCAAGAUUUGAAUACGAGUCUCACUAGUCCUGUUAUGUCGAGCUCUUUCAAGGACAUUCUUCCUGACGAAUUUCAACCUCUUCAAGUCCUGUAUGAUGAUGGAAAUCUGCGAUUCUCGAGAUCAGAUAAGCAGUCUGGUAGGUAUGAUGAAAUCGAGUAUCCUAUCAUUCUCAAGGUUGACGUUGAGGAAGGUGGCGAAGUCAUCUCCUUAAAAACAUCCAAAACCGGCUCUCCUAAAAAAGCAUUUAAGGUUGGACCAGACGUCAGGAUUACCGACUUUCAAGUAGGAAGCUCCUUGUUGUCACUCACAGGAGAAUUUAUCUACAUGCCCUGAUGGAAAUCAUCCAGUGGGAUCAUUUAAAUGCAUUUACAUGAUAAACUUUCUUUUUUAGUUUGUUUGUACUGUGUACAUUAUUAGUUUUGACACUGCGCAAUGUGUGCCUGGAAGUUCACUUUCACAAGCACAGCUUUGCCAAGGUACAACAGGUAAUAGGACUGGGCUUGUAUUGAACAAUAGACAUGGUACAACGAGCUUUCUAAAUGUUGUCUCCAUUGCUGGAGUAACAAGUUAUUAUUGUUGUAUAGUUUGUAACGUACUCAGAAACGAUGUGGCUCACGGGUUGUACGUUUUCUGUUCGUAUUCCCGCUCUUAGUGACCCUGCAGGCUUGUUCACAACUGCUUCUUAUAGAGUCAGCUGACACUGUUCUUUUAUGGUAA